AUGGUUGAACUAGACAUCCAGAUCCCAUCAGCAUUCGAUCCUUUUGCAGAAGCUCAAGACACAGAUGCACCAGGGACAAAAGAGUACAUUCACAUCCGUAUCCAGCAGAGGAAUGGCAAAAAGAGCUUGACCACUGUUCAAGGUCUGAAGAAAGAUUACUCCUACGAGAGGAUUCUCAAGGAUCUCAAGAAGGAUUUCUGCUGCAACGGGAACGUUGUGCAGGACAAAGAGCUAGGCAAGAUCAUUCAGCUCCAAGGCGAUCAGAGGAAGAAAGUGUCUCAGUUCUUGGUCCAGGCUGGGAUUGCUAAAAGGGAUCAGAUCAAGAUCCACGGUUUCUAA